UGGCCAAGCCUGUACCGUAGCGCCCAUCCCCCGCGAGCAUACACGGGCUCAGAAUAUCCGGGGCUGCAACGAUCGAUGACGCACCGGAACAGUGCAGGUGCAGCGAAAGAGGAGCGCGCCGUCGCUGUCGACGGCCGUGCCGAGCGCCAGCAGACAAGCGGCGACGCUACAAAACAACGCGCCAACCAACCGCCCCACUGCUGACCCUUUCCAACCUCCAAGCUCCCUGCCUUCUGCCGGCCGGUCGGCAGCGGUGGUAGCGGCCACCACCCCAGGGUAUGGCCGCCCGCUCCCUCCUCCUCUACGCGCUGCUGCUCCUGGCCCUCGCCACCGCCGCACCGUCCCACGGCCUCACUCAAGCGGAUGUUGCGAAGCGAUUGAAGGAGGUGCUGUCGGAGAGGAACCGAGGGCAUGAGAUGCUCGAUUCGUGGAAUGGGGAUGGGGACCCGUGUUCUCCGUCUACCUGGGAAGGCUUCUCUUGCGAACCCAAGGAUGGUGCCCAGGUCGUCGUCAAGUUGAACUUUUCUUCGAAGAAACUGCAAGGGCCGAUUCCUGCAGAGAUUGCUAACUUGACGGAGCUAAAUGAAAUACAUCUGCAGUAUAAUAACUUCACUGGAUUUAUUCCGGCAUCCUUUUCUGCUUUCAGACACCUGCUGAAGCUGUCGGUGAUUUGCAACCCCUUGUUGAACAAUAAGCAGCCUGAUGGAUUUUCUAGUGGCGUAAAUUUCAGCUAUGGAGGAUGUGCCACCCAAGAGUACUAUAGCUCACCAGCUGAAGAGUACCAAAGCCCACCUGCAGUUGCCAGUCAGAAAGUAUAUGUUAUUGGUGGUGUCGCCGGAGGAUCUUUGGCAUGUACUGUUGCACUCGGAUCAUUCUUUGUUUGUUUUAACAAACGUGAACGGCGUUCUCCAAAAAAGGAUUGCUCUUCUACAACAAUACAACAGUUGUCCCUCAAAGCAAUCCAGACUGCAACAAGCAACUACAAAACUAUGAUAGGAGAGGGUGGGUUUGGAGCAGUUUAUCGAGGUGCAUUAGCAAAUGGGCAAGAAGUUGCAGUAAAAGUCCGCUCAAGUUCAUCGACACAGGGAACACGUGAGUUUAACAACGAGUUAAGACUUCUUUCUGCUGUGUGGCAUGAGAAUUUAGUCCCACUUAUCGGCUAUUGCUGUGAAAAAGAUCAACAGAUAUUGGUCUAUCCGUUCAUGUCCAAUGGCUCACUACAAGAUCGUCUUUACGGUGAGGCAUCAAAAAGGAAAGUUCUUGAUUGGCCCACAAGACUAUCUGUUUGCAUUGGUGCUGCUAGAGGGCUAGUAUAUCUGCACAAUUUUGCAGGGCGUUGUAUCAUACACAGAGAUAUUAAAUCGAGCAACAUACUUCUGGAUCACAGCAUGUGUGGCAAGGUAGCCGACUUUGGGUUUUCCAAGUACGCACCACAGGAAGGUGACAGCAAUCCAUCAAUGGAAGUGAGGGGAACUGCUGGAUAUUUGGACCCUGAAUACUAUUCCACUCAGGUGUUAUCAACCAGAAGCGAUGUCUUCAGUUUCGGAGUAGUCCUGUUAGAAAUUGUGACAGGAAGAGAACCUCUUGAUGUCAAAAGGCCUCGUCAUGAAUGGAGCUUAGUUGAGUGGGCAAAACCAUACAUCAGGGAGUACAAGAUCGAGGAGAUGGUGGACCCUGGCAUAAAAGGGCAGUAUUGCUCAGAGGCCAUGUGGAGAGUGCUCGAGGUCGCAUCUGUGUGCACCGAGCCCUUCUCAACCUUCAGGCCGACCAUGGAGGACGUCCUGAGGGAGCUGGAGGACGCUCUGAUCAUCGAGAACAACGCGUCCGAGUACAUGAGGUCCAUCGAGAGCACUGGGACUCUGGGCUCCAACCGCUAUCUGUCCAUCGACAGGAAGAUGUUCGCGUCAGGGUCAGCGCGAAUCGAGUCGAUGAAGGGGAAUCUGCAAGCAAUGCCCUCGCUUCCGCGGUAACUAGACGCCGCAUUGUGAUUUCGUAGCGGGCGUCGUCAGGGUGUGAUCCAUGCUCAAGGCACAUCUAACCACGCUGAGGCCUGACUGAGCACCUGAGAUGGGCAUAGACAUGAAGGGAUAGUCUGUACUCUGUACCAUGUACAGAGCCCAUUCAGUGGUGAGAGCACAGAUCAGCGAUACCUACACUGGGAAAUGCCUUCUGAAGCCAAUGUGCUAGUUUUGCCUGUUGAAUUUCCCAAAAGCAGGCGAAUGUGUGGGCACAAACUAUUCUUUGGACCAUUAUAAACACGUAAAAUGUGUCGAGGGAAUCCCUCAAGAAAUCGAAUAUUCAGAUCUGUACCGUCACUUCAUUAUGUGAACUAUUGCUCGCUUGUUGUAAUUGUCAUUCUUGCCUAAUAAACCGAUCAACAGAUGAAUUUUCUCCAAACAA